UAACUUUAAUCCAAUCCUAACGGCUUAAACUUUCAAUUCUGCUUCAUCGAUUGGAAAUCAAAUGAAAACUCACCCAGAUCGAAGCAACAAAGAAGAGGAAAACCCAUAAAAAAAAAAAAAGAAGAAUUAACAAUACCCUGCUUUUUCAAAGCUGUAAUGCCGUAUUGAAUUAUAAUAUCUUUUCUCUCCUCCGCGUUUCUUCCCUCUCUCUCUCUCUCUCUCUCUCUCUCUCUCUCUCUCUAUAUCUCUGUCCAGUGCGAACCAGUCUUCAUACAGUAUAUAUUUCUUUCUGAAUCUGAUUUUCAAUUUUUUCAAGCCAAACCCCCAAAGUCGAACAUGGGUAUCAUCCAUCUCCACCGUAUCUUCAAGCCCUUGUUCUUGUUCCUCUUCUUCUUUGCAAUCUCUCUGCGAAUAACCAUCGCCCAGCCUGCGGCUCCAUCUCCAAGCGCUGAUGCCUGCAACGGCGUGUUCUUAUCGUACCAAUACACUUCGGGCCAUAUUAUCCCUCCUCGUUACGCCGCCGGCUCACCUCUCCAACCUUACAAGUUUCAGUCAACACUCACAAUCCUCAACAAUGGCCUCAAUGACCUCAAAUCUUGGCAAGUUUUCGUCGGGUUUCAGCACAAUGAGUAUCUGGUCUCUGCUUCUAAUGCUGUGUUGGUUGAUGGGACUAGUCUCCCUGCUAGCGUUGAAAAUGGAACUGCUUUUGCUGGAUAUCCAGCUACCGAUCUCAAGACCGCUAUUGAGACUGCUGGAGAUCUGACCCAGAUGCAGGCUGUGAUUGAUUUGGUUGGUACCACUUUCGGCGUUUCGAAUGUUUCGAUGCCUUCCAACAUAUCCCUUGUCAACGCCAACUACAUAUGUCCUCAGCCCACUAUGCAAGGGACGAGUGAGAUGAUUGUGUGUUGCACUCUAGAUCCAACGGUGAAAGUAAACACAACCUCAACACAAAAAUUUCUGCCCCGCCAAAGUGGUGAUCUUGUAAUUACCUACGAUGUAACCCAAUCAUUAGCAUCAAGUUACUUGGCACAGGUCACAAUCUCGAAUAAUAAUCCCCUUGGUCGUCUCGAUUAUUGGAUGUUGAGCUGGGAUUGGAUGAGGGGUGAAUUUAUUGGCACCAUGAAAGGGGCUUAUCCUACAGUAGUUGACACGACAGAGUGUCUCUAUGGUCCUCAAGGUACUUACUACCAGGGUAUAGAUUUUAGUAGUAGUUCGUCUAGCGUCUUGAAUUGUGACAGAAGGCCUACUAUUGUUGAUCUCCCUCCACAAUAUGCCAAUGACUCAACUCUUGGGAAGAUCCCCUACUGUUGUCGGAAUGGGACGAUCUUGCCAUAUGCAAUGGAUUCGAGCAAAUCAACUUCAGUUUUCCAGUUGCAAGUCUAUAAGAUGCCACCAGACCUCAAUCGCACUACACUGUACCCACCACAGAAUUUUAUGAUCAAUGGCACUUUCAACCCAGAUUACCGAUGUGGACCUCCAGUGCGUGUUACCCCUACUGAAUUUCCUGAUCCAAUGGGUUUGCCAUCAAAUGUAACUGCUCUUGCUAGCUGGCAAGUAGUGUGCAACAUGACACAGCCGACUACCCCGAAAUGCUGUGUUUCAUUCUCAUCAUACCUCAAUGAUUCUGUUAUUCCAUGCAAGACAUGUGCCUGUGGUUGCCAAAGUAAUCCAAGCCACACUUGUAGUGCUACUACGCCAGCCCUUUUACUUCCACCAGAUGCUGCUCUUGUCCCAUUUGCAAACCGGACAAAUUUGACUACAGCUUGGGCUCAAAUCAAGCAUUGGCCUGUGCCAAGCCCAAUGCCCUGUGGGGAUAAUUGUGGAGUUAGCAUAAACUGGCAUCUAUAUACGGACUACAGCACUGGUUGGAGCGCAAGGGUUACACUUUUCAACUGGGGUGGAAACAAUUUUGCUGAUUGGUUUGCUGCUGUAAAAUUGGACAAGGCAACCCCUGGUUUUCAAGCAAUGUACUCUUUCAAUGCAAGUGUGCUGCCUGGUAUCAAUGGUGUCAACAACACCAUAUUCAUGCAGGGACUUUCAGGCUUGAAUUAUCUCGUAGCAGAAGCACCAGCGUCCGACCCAAAAGCUAAUCCCCCAGUCCCUGGGAAACAGCAGUCAGUGAUUUCAUUUACUGUUAAAAAUAUUCCUAAUCUCGACUUGCUUGGUGGGGAUGCAUUCCCAUCCAAAGUGUUCUUCAAUGGAUUGGAGUGUUCGAUUCCUUCACUACUUCCAAGCAAGGGUGAUAGGAUGGUUGCAACUUCAGCCAUGUCAAGCUUUCUGCUGGCUGUUGUAGUACUCAUCUUUGUGCAGCGAUAGCUGUUCUGAGGCAUGAACGUUUCUUUUCUAUCUGCAACAUAUUCUUUGAUGCCUUUGAUGAUUUGAUUAGAAAAUGCCGAAACUGCCAGACACAAGAGCUGAACAGGUUUAGUUUGUUAGCCCACCAGGUUUGCUGCCAGAUAAAUGGAUUUAUAUUGAUUUUGAAGGGAGAAAGCUUCAUAGGUGUGACUUCGAUUUGUCUUCCCAUCAACAUUGUGUUAUAUAACAUUACUAUGAUAUAGAAGUUGGCAUGAACCAAUCCUGAAUGUAAGUCUACUGAAUAGUGUUUUUCUGUUUCAUUAUGCACCAAAGUCAUUUGUCUUGGUAUUCUUACA